UGCUCGGUCUCUAUUCUGAUGUCUUGAGUUGGAUGCAUGAGUUGACUGUUUUGAGUAAGUGGUUGAGUCAUGUCUAGGUUGGUUGGUGAACAGAAGGGAGAUUCUUCCUUUACUCGAUUUUGCUGCACUCGAAUGUCCUUUGUGGUGGUUGUCCAGGUUGCUAUUGAAGUUGGUCAGGUAUUGAUGUUUGAAAACCAGUACGAUUCACAGGUUCUGUGCCUUUAUGACUUGUCCCCAAUGUUGGUUGAUUGAAAUAUGUAAGCUUACCUUGUGUCUGACUUGGUUUGCUUGGGGACAAGCAAACGGUUAAGUAUGGGGGAGUUUGAUAGACCGUUAAUUACACAUGUUUUUACCCCUGUUCUUACACCGUUUGAGAUGUGAUUUCUCGUGUUUUAGGCCGAUUUCACGCUAGGUUGUGCUUGUUUGUGAUAUUUCAGGUCCUAGUACGUGAAUGGAGGCUUGGGAGCGAGUUUGGGGUCGAUUGGAUGAAGAUCGGGCGCGAGGCAAGCCGAUGAGGAAGCCACACGGGCACACAUAACCAUCACACGACCGUGCAAAUGACAAACCUGGCCGUGUGGGAUUAUGCGAGCCUUCACACGGGCACAAGUAAUUUCCACACGGCCGUGUGGAGGAGCAAGGUGGCCGUGCGAGUUUCGCCGAGAGCAAACACGGGCAGGAUGGAAAUCCCACACGGCCGUGCUACCCUGGCCGUGUGGGAAGCCUGAAUUUCGACUUAAUGAUACGCCGCGUUUUGACUCACACGGGAAACUGGGUGAGCCACACGGCCGUGUGGCCUGCCCGUGUGAGUCGGGAAUUGCUGGUUAAAACCCGAUUUUCAGCCAAAGGAAAGGAGAGCUGGGUUUUUGGUUCCCAAACACCCAAGGGACGAACCCUAGAGAGAGAGCGACUUGGGAACAUUCUUGGAGCUAUUUUGGAGGAUUUCUUCGCCAUUGGAGCUCGGGAAUCAAGCUUGGAGAUGGAGAUUGAAGAUCUAGAUCAGAUUUCUGCAGUCUCUCUCUUCUCUAUGGAGUAACUUCCCUUCACUUAGGUUUUGAGGAACCCUAGUUCCAUGAGUUAGGAUCUUUCUUGUAUGAAGUUUGGGAUGAUAUUACUGUUUGAUUAUAAUCGAAUGAUGCAUGUUUAUUGAGUCAAUUGAAGUCUGAUCAACUUUUCCUAAUUUCUGCUGCAACCUGAGAUAGAUAGAAUCUGAUUAGGUUGCUAGAGUCUCAUCAUUCGGUAGUAGGAGUUUGGUUAAACGAGAGUUAUCCAGAGUACUGCUUUGUACUGGAAUCCAAUUCCAAUAGUGGAGUUCUAUGCUUAUUGCUUCAGCUUUCUAUCCCGGUGAAGACUAGUCGUCUGCCGGAUAGUUAGACUGAGAGGGCUUGGUCAGCUUAAGAGAUUCCAAGCUACUGUCGGAUCUUCCGCAGUUUAAUCAACAGUAAAAAAACCAAAAGGAAUUACAACUUGGACCUAAUUGAGGAGCUAGGGGGAAUCAUACCUAAGUGAGUUCACAACUUGUAAUUAGUAGAGUAGUCAGUAGAGUAGUUUAUAAAUCAAUCCUUAAUCUAGUUUGCUAGAUAAUGAACUAAAGCUGAGUAAUAGUAACUCUAGAGACCCGUGGAUUCGAUAUUUAUUACUUGUGCCACUAUACUGCAGUCCCUUUCAUUGGUUACACUUGGCCAUUGUUAGGUGUUGUGUUUUAGAUCAUCAACCCGCGAUAGAGAUUCCGCUGUGCGGGUGAACCAUUGGUUCAACCCAUUUGUUUUAGGGUGGGGUGUUACAGAUACAUUCUCUACAAGUAUGAGAGAUAUUAUGUUCUAGUUUUUUUAAUCAGUUUCUGGAAUUUUUGGGAUAAGAUGUAAUGCUUACCACCAAUGCAGUCAAAAGCACGAUUCUACCUAGAAGCGGAAAAUGGGUAAAAUCGUAAAGCGUAGAAUCAAAGCGUAAAAGCGUAAGUUUUUUACGCGUGCUGUAAAAUAACUAAAAAGUUGUUAAGUAUGGCAUAGACUAUGUAAAAAUAUGAGUGUUAGGAAUUUAGAUAAGUUAAUAAAUACCUUCAAUUUAUGUCUAAAGUAGACCAACUUAUAGCAUCUUAACAAUAAGUUCGUAAACAUAAAUCAUCUUAAUAAUAAGCCACAUUCCCUUCUAUACUAGAAUUUGAGAAUGACCUAGCUGGUGAAUUAGAUUAUUGUAUUGAAGAUGAGAAUGCAUCCAAGUACCCGGUAUGUAUCUUUUAAUCUCAAAUGUAUCAUAUUGUUGGUGAUUUACCUUUAAAAUAUACUUUUUGUAAUUAAUUUCUUGAAAAGAAUACCCAUUUAGUGAACUAAAAGCGUAAAAGCGUA